AUGGGGGAGGGUCUUGUUUCAGAGGACAUAGACAAGGGGAAGAAGAACAAUUUCCAAGCAGAGGAGGAAGAAGAGAAAGAUGAAGCCUACUGUGAAAAGUGUCCAGAUGAACAGCAUUCUAGUAAGAAUCGAGAUCAAUGUGUUCUCAAAGUUUUAAGUUACCUAUCUUAUCAAGAAACAUUAGGUCUAAGUCUGGUGCUCAUUGCCUCUAUUUUGUCUCUAACCACUGCCUUCAUCCUGGGAAUCUUCAUUAAAAACCAAAAAACUCCCAUAGUCAGAGCUAACAACCGGGACCUCACCUACAUUCUCCUGGUCUCUCUCCUACUAUCCUUCUUGACUUCUCUUUUAUUUAUUGGUCGCCCCCAGAAAGUGACCUGUCUCCUUCGACAAACUACCUUCAGUGUUGUCUUUUCAGUGGCUGUGUCUUCUGUGCUGGCCAAGACUGUCAUGGUAGUAGUAGCAUUUCUGGCCACAAAGCCAACCAGCAGGAUGAGGAAAUGGCUGGGGAAAAGUCUUCCCAACUCCAUUGUCUUGUCCUGUUCUGGAGUUCAGGUGGGCAUCUGCCUUACAUGGCUGGGAAUCUCACCCCCAUUCCCAGAUUCUGACUUUCAUUCCCAACCAAGACACAUCCUGCUGCAAUGCAAUGAAGGCUCAGUCUCCAUGUUCUACACUGCCCUUGGCUACAUGGGUUUUUUGGCUGCUAUCUGUUUCUUGGUGGCUUUCUUGGCCCGAAAGCUUCCAGGGACAUUCAAUGAAGCCAAGUGGAUC